GAAGAAGCAACGCGACAAUGGCGGUUGUUUUGGACCGUUUUGAGGGACAGUCGCGGCUUCUCGUCCGGGAGCUCCUGCGUGGAGUGAACGGAGCGCUGUGUUGUUUCAAGCGACUCAAGCGGACCCGGCCCGACCGCUGCCCGCUGCGGGACCUGCUGGAAACGGUGUGCCAAACGAGCCUCCAGUGGCCGGACGCUGGAGCAGGAGCUCCCACGGUCGGACCGAUGGUUUGGUGGCUCCCCCCCUGCUUCAAACACAACCUACUGUCUUUGCUCUGCCUGCUCUCUUCUGCGACCCCGCGACACGUCGCUCUGCAGACGCUGCAGUGCAUCGGCCAGGAGCCCGGUCCGGACCCCUGGGUGACCACACUGGCUGCUCAGCUCAGGAGACGCUUGGGCACAGGCUGUGAGCAACCUGGGCUCUCCCCCGCGUGUAGUUCGAGAGUAGAGCAGCUGUCAAAACAGCUGCAGGGUUCCACCCAGUCAGGCGCCUGGACCAAGAUCUUAGUUGCAGAGCCGGCCUCUGGACUUCAGCUGGCGCCGUCCCACAGGAAGAGAAGCGUGAGCCUGGCCUGUCAGGAGGAGGAAUCCGAUGAGGGUCAGCAGAGUAAACGGAGGAGAGUGAUCCGGCUUGAUGCGCCUGAAGAAAGCAGUGGUCGGGACGGUCUCAGGAGGUCGAAACCCCAUCCUCAUGAUCCGGACACUUUCAGUGACCCUUUUCCAGCACACAUGAAGGCGCAAUUUCUUCAAAUCCAGGAGGUGCUGGACACUGAGAUGGAGUGGGAUCAGAACUGCGUGGAGGUUUUCAAGGUUGUGAACGACUUUUCCCCGAAGCAGAUUGAGGCUAUGUGCCUCAUGUUGAACCUGUCUGAGGUAACGGACCGAACUCUGCUCAAACUGUGUGAUGGCCUUCAGAGUUUGGAGCUCAGCUACAGCUCUGCAGUGACGCUCAUCAGGAGUCUCGUGCUGCAGCGGGUGCUGACUCUUACAGAACCAGCUUCCAGGACGCUGCUGACCGCAAUGAUGUCUCUCUGUCUCCGCUACGCUGCAGCAGUGUUUCAUGCAGUUUUUGGACCAGUUCUUGAGGAGGCACACAUGGGGAGCCAUCAGGCUGAGCUGCUGAACCAACUUUCGCUGCGUUGCUUCAACAGCCAGUACAAGCUGCUGCUGCUCCAGUUUACGCUGAAACUUACGUGGACUGAGUCCAGUCUGUCCGUCCUCCACUGUGUGCUCAACUCUAAAUUGGAUGUGAAUCCGCAAGUGUUUGGUCAACUGGUGGAUCAACUGAGUGCACAAGGUCUUCGCUUCUCAAACUCCUCCACAUUUGCCAAGAUCCUGUUAACCAUGCUGACCCAGUACAGCUGUCAUGUGACGGUGGCUCACAAGCACUCGCUGUCAAGCGUCCUGAUGCUGAAUGAGACAUUCCUGAAAAAGUCUCUCCAAGCAGCUCUGAAAAGGAUCUGAAGUGUAUGGAUAUAUCUGGACGGUCACGUGGUCUGAAACUGAAGCUGGAAGGCAGCUGUGUUGCUGCUGCCAAGAAGUAUAGAAACAUUGGCAGACAAGCCGUCAAUGGUGGCUCCUGGUCGACAAAGUCAAGCAGUGCUGUAUAUUGAUGUCUGAUGUUGUCAUUUAUUGUCAGCCGUGCGAGAAGAGCCAGGGGACCCCACAGCCAGAGGCUGCUGACUUGUGAGUCUCCAUGUUUGUACUGUAUUGUGUGUUUUCUUUCUGGAUUCAUGUGAUCGCUUCAAUUUGUGAGUCAAAUGUCAUUCCGUUUUUGACGUUUCAGUUGAAAAAUCAAUAAAUCCAAACUCAACUCUUUUUUUUUUUAAGUCUCAGUCCGUCUUCAUGUGAUUCACAAAGAACCUCACUGUGAUCCCCGAUGGUCAUUUUCAU